CAGUACUACGCCGGGAACCACACUACGUGUAACUAUAACUGCAAGUAACAAACAUUUAUGCUCAGUAAACCCACAGUAAACAACAAAAACAAUUGUGUUAGAGUGUGUUAGAUUUAAUGAAAAUUAAGGAAGUAUGUCUACCGUGCUAUCAAAACUGAGUUCCGUGAUACAAUAUUACAGCAGUGAUGACCUCAAGGAAAAGUUGAAAUCAAAAAAAGAAAAUUUCAAUGCAUAUAUUUCAGAAAAUAUCAAGGAAAUCAAGGCUUUGUUAAAUGUUAGUCUUGAUAAUUUGGAUGGUGCUGUAAAGGAAAAUGCGAUUUUGGACCAGAAGUGGACGGUGAAAGAAUUGCUGUUGUCUAUUUUCAAACAAGACAAUACUCAGAAGGUUGUUACAGGGCAAAAUCAAUCCCGACAAAACCACGUCAACGGUAGUCCAAGCAUUCAGCCUAUAUUCCUGAGUGGUGUGAAUGGAGUAUACAGUUCUGCUACCGAACUUAAAAAUUCGUAUUAUGGAAAUGAAUUUAGAUUUCAAUGGCAUGGUUAUACAGAGCUCCUACUUAAAGUGAUCGUAGCACGGAUCGCUAAGAUAAUACGUAGAUACUGCAGAAAGUUUAUGUCUCAACACCAUCGGAAUUCUUCAAAAAGUGGGACUGUCUUCGUUGAGCUGGUAGUCGUAACAUCAACGAUGUUUGAAGAAGCAAUGAAACGUGUGCUUACUGGAAGUAUUGUACUAACAUACACAAAUGUCUUUCCAAGUGAAUGUCGCAUGUUUAUAAGUGUACCUAUUUAUGUGGAUGGUUAUAUACACAGUAAGGAUAUACUUACAACAACCAACUUGUGAUACUGAGAUUUAGUUUUUUCUUAGGCAAACGAGAUAUUGGGUCAGUAGUUUCAAUUCUUGUUUCGUAUCUGCUUAGACAUGCUUUCUAUUUAAUUUUCUUAUGUCAUUAUUAAAUGCAGAUAUGAACUGAUUCCUUACGAUUUCUUGACGAGAGGUUAAUAUAUACUCUAAUUUUGAAUACGUUAUAAAGAAUCCUGACAAAAAACAUACACCACAUCAUAAAUGAACUGUGUUGGGUAAGGCAGGCUGAGAUUUUUCUUGGAGCCACAUUUUUUUAUAUGAACAUCAGAUAGAUUCUUUUUCUGAAUUUUAGUAGCCAGAUAUUUUUAAUAGUAAACCAGACAUUUUUUCCUAGUACUUUGUUAUUCUUUUCUGAUUAAAAACUAAGAAGCACGGUCAAUGUAUAGUAUUGAGUAGUCUUCUUAAAUAUAUGACUUAGCUAAAAUGCAAA